UACAUAAAACAAACCUUAGACAACAACUUUUGUGAAAAAAUAUUUAAAAAAAAGUUUUUUACCAUGUCGACAUCCCAAAAACACAGAAAUUUCGUGUGUGAACCAAUGGGCAACAAAUUGGUGACAGAAUUACCAGGAAUUGGUUCAGUUUUAGCCCAAAGAUUGGCAAAUGCUGGAUAUCUUAAGGCUAGUUCAGUGCUAGGACAAUUUUUGGCAAUAGAUAAGGAUCAGGAAAAAUUUAAACUUUGGUUAAAAAGUGUUUGCCAGGCUAAUUCCAAACAGGCUAAUGAUUGUUAUAUCUCUAUGAGAGAUUGGACUAAUAACUUUUUUGUAAUUAGAAAAUAAUAAUUUAAUAAGGUAAAAAAUAUUGUAAUAGUAUUAGUUGUGUACAUAUAUUAUAAUUUAUAAAUUGAGCAAAAAAUGAGCCAUCUGCUUUAAUAAAUUUUAAUAAAUAUUAACUUUGCUUGAUUUU